UCAUUACGAAAGUCAAAAUUUAUAGUAUAGAUAUCGCGGGCGCAGUCGACAAUCGUACCUCUUUUAUAAACAUCGUUCACAUUCUGCCAGAGUACUAAAGAUAAAUUGAUAUCAAGAUGACGAUCGAUUACUACUACAUGGACGGCUCUCCUCCCUGCGCCGUGGUCACACUAACCGUUGCAGCGCUGGGCAUUGAGUCUCAAGUCCAGACACAUCGUGUAGACGAAAUGAACGAUGAACACUUAAAGGAGGAUUAUUUAAAGAUAAACCCGCAGCACACAGCUCCUGCGAUAGUAGACAACGGCUUCGCCUUGUCCGAGUCCCGCGCCAUCAUCAAAUAUCUGGUGGCGAAGUAUGGCGGCAACAAAUACUACCCGCAAGAUAUUGAGACCCGUGCUCUUGUUGACCAGAGGCUGGACUUUGAUAUUGGGACUGUUUAUCCUAAAUUAAUUGAUGUAUACUACUCUAAAAUAUUGAAGAAACCUUUGACGGAGGAACAGUUGAAGAAGAUGGAUGAUGCUCUCAACGUAUAUAACGUGUAUCUGAAAGAGAACAAGUUCGCCGUGGGAGUGGAACCCACGCUGGCCGACUUUAGUCUGGGUGUUACUGUCGCGCUGCUUCAGACUUUUGAUGUCAGCAUUGAGAAGUAUACUAAUAUUGUCAGAUGGUUAGCACUUGUGAAGUCAACUCUGCCAAAUUUCGAAGAAGUCAUUACGAAGACCACAGAUGAUGGCAAAAAGCUCAUAGAGGCCAUGUCGGAAUCGCAAUAAAUUACGAGAUCAAUACAAGCUUUUACUUGUAACGAUCCUAUUUUUUAUAAAUAAAUAAUUGUUUAAAAA